AGUGUCACAGCUUGCAGUCAAGUGCGCUUGUGACUCUUCCUACCGCUUCACCCCAUGACAUUCUGACGACGGAACAGGGACAAGGACCCCUAUUCAGUUGCUUUGGAUGUUGAUGUUUCAGGGCGCCCUAUUGUUGAAAAUUAUCCAUCCCCAUCAGAAGCAUGAUACAACUUUUGCGUUACCUUGCGUUCCGCUGUAAAGUACAAUCACGCAUCAUUCAUGCUGAUGCGCCGAACAUUUAGACUUGAUAUUAUAUUCCAAUCGGAUGUUGAAUGAUUCUUUGUUUAUCAAGAGCACUUGAUGCAAAAAGUCUAUCUCUGUUUCAGACACCUGAAUGAUAAACUAACCAUUUAUCAUACAUAGUUUUUGUGCUACUAAAGAUGAUCCUGUGCACGCCACCUUUUUUUUUGACGUCUGUCACUGUGUCAAAGCUAUCUGCAGUAUGCAUAGCCACAGGACUCCGCAGCGAGAGUCUGUGCAAAAGUAGCUCGCCAAAUUACGUCAACAACCGUGAAAAAGGUCAACCAACAGUCUGGCCAAAUGCCUACAGUAACAAAGAGAGGGUAACAGCUUUACUUGGCCACUGGCGUCAGUAUUAUCCUUCUUUCAUUUUCUCGGACCAUUAUAACAUAUGCAGCACCAUCUGAAUGCUGUAACGUCCAAGGCAUGAAACGUACAAUAAGCCCUAUAUAGUAAAAAUAAUGCUUUAAC